AUGGAUUCGGAGUGUAGCAGUGGCUCGUCGGCCCAUUCGCCGCUCUCGGUAUCGCUGUCCGUUUCGCCCUCGCCGCCCCCCUCCCCGAAAGGCGCCUCCGAGCUCCAGCUCAUGCUGCUCCAGCACAGGGCGCCCCUCGCGACGCCCUUCGGGCACCCCAUGACGAGCAUCGGGCCCGGCCCCCCCAAACAGCACACCAUCGACGCCAUCCUCGGGCGCCCCCGGAAAAACCCCCACCCCCACCCCCUCCCCCACGGGCUCCCCGAUGUGCGGACUAUUAAUAAUAAUAACAAUGAAUCCAGUGGGGACAACAGUUGCAAUUCGACGGACGGUCCUGGAUCCCUAGCAGUGGCCUCGGAUCUCCGGUGUCGGUCCCGCUCCCGGUCGGGGGACUAUAGUCACAGCGAGGAGGAGUGCGGGGGCGAGGACACGGCGCUCCGGAUAGGCAACCCGCACAGCGUGAGCCCCGGGCCGAACCCCGGGCACGGCGGGAACUCCGGGCCCGGGCUCUCGCCGGACAAGAAGAAGAGCCGCCGCAACCGCACCACCUUCACCACCUACCAACUCCACGAGCUGGAGCAGGCCUUCGAGCAGUCCCACUACCCGGACGUCCACAGCCGGGAGGAGUUAGCCUUAAAAGUCAACCUCCCCGAAGUCAGGGUCCAGGUAUGGUUCCAGAACCGACGAGCAAAAUGGCGGCGACAAGAGAAGAUGGAAGCCACGCGGCUGGGCCUGAGCGAAUACCACCACUCGCUCAACUCCCUCGGGCGAGUACCCGGUUCCAGCCUCGCCUUGCCAGUCGACUCCUGGCUCGCCACACCCCUCCUCUCCGCGCUCCCAGGGUUCCUCCCCCACCCCCAGACCGGGUACCCCAGCUACCUGACGCCCCCCACCGCCGCCUCCCUGCCCCCCGACCNCCCCCAUCCCCACUCCCCCCACCACGACCCCCGCACCGCCUCCAUACAAGCGCUGCGGCUCAAGGCCAAAGAACAGGUGGAAUCCAUUACUAGGUCUUCUAAAGGUCUUCAGAUGGUUUAAAGCUUUGUAAAUAUGUUUAUAGUUGGGGAAGAGAAGGUGUUUACUUGAGUCUUCGAAAAGAUGUAAAUCAGGAAAACACACCAAAAUAAAGAAGCUACGGGCUGUAUGGACUUACCGUCUGCUCCGGGCUCAGAGGCCGAAAGCUCCAGGUGCACUAGAAAGAAAAAAACACAUU